CCUCUCCUGAGCUGUCUGCACUGUAUCUCUGCCUCUCUGUGUAUUCUUUCCUGUUAUCUGGCCAGCUCGCAGCGCUCUGUGUGGAGGAGACGAAGGGAGGGUGCAGGGUGAGCUGUCAGAGGUACUCGUGGACAGGUUGGUCCAUUUUACCCCAUCUUCCUGCCAAACCGUCUGUCCAUCACUGUGUCAGAGCUGCCUGCAUCGUGUGGAUUUAUCUCUGUGUGAGUGACACCUGGGAAGGCGAGGGAAACCUGAGCGGAGAGGCCACGAGUGUGCCACCACUCGCCACCCCCCGCCCCCCGUUCCGUCCCCCCUGUGUGUGGAUGACCUGUGCUCUUCUAGUCGGCUCCUCAGCACCAUGAACAAGAUGAAGAACUUUAAACGGCGUUUCUCUCUUUCUGUUCCUCGCACUGAGACCAUCGAGGAAAAUGAGUUCACUGAGCAGAUCAACCAGCUCAACAUACGGCACACUCAGGGCCUGACUCCAGACAGGCUGGGUCCACCAUCUCAUGAUGCCAGUCCGGUGAGCCCUGAACCAACAACACCGGGAGCCCAGUCUCCUUCCCACCUCCACUAUCACAGCAAGGCCCAGCAUAGACGUUUCUCCAUGGAGGAUGUCAGUAAGCGCAUGUCUCUGCCCAUGGACAUCCGCCUCCCUCCAGAGUUUCUCAAGAAGCUGCAGCUGGAGAGUGACAACUCACCGCUCUGCAAACCUCUCAGUCGCAUGUCUCGACGUGCUUCACUGUCUGACAUAGGCUUUGGGAAACUGGAGACAUACGUGAAGCUUGGCAAACUGGGUGAGGGGACGUAUGCCACAGUGUUCAAAGGGCGAAGCAAACUAACAGAGAACCUGGUGGCGUUAAAGGAGAUUCGGCUGGAGCACGAGGAGGGGGCACCUUGCACUGCUAUCAGAGAAGUGUCUCUACUGAAGAACCUCAAACACGCCAACAUCGUCACGCUGCACGACAUCAUCCACACCGAACGCUGCCUCACUCUGGUGUUUGAGUAUCUUGACAGUGAUCUUAAACAGUACCUGGACAACUGUGGGAAUCUCAUGAGCAUGCAUAACGUCAAGAUCUUCAUGUUCCAGCUGCUGCGUGGUCUUUCCUACUGUCACAAGAGGAAAAUCCUCCAUAGAGACCUAAAGCCUCAGAACCUGCUCAUCAACGACAAGGGCGAGCUCAAACUGGCUGACUUUGGUUUGGCGAGGGCCAAGUCCGUUCCCACUAAGACCUACUCUAAUGAGGUGGUAACUCUAUGGUAUCGGCCCCCUGAUGUGCUGCUGGGCUCUACAGAAUACUCCACACCCAUCGACAUGUGGGGCGUGGGCUGUAUCCUGUAUGAGAUGGCAACAGGUCGUCCCAUGUUUCCUGGUGCCACAGUGAAGGAGGAGCUACACCUAAUUUUUAGGCUCAUGGGUACUCCAACAGAAGAGACUUGGCCUGGUACCAGUAGUAAUGAGGAGUUUAAGUCUUACCUCUUUCCUCAAUACAGACCUCAAGCUCUCAUCAACCAUGUGCCCAGGUUGGACACAGAGGGGAUCGACCUGCUGUCUGCUCUGCUGCAGUACGACACCAGGAGCAGAAUCUCCGCUGAAGCUGCCCUACGACACCCCUACUUCCUGAGUCUGGGGGAUAACAUACACAAAUUGGCAGAUACUGCUUCAGUGUUUUCCCUCAGAGAGGUGCAGCUCCAGAAGGACCCAGGCCACCGCAGCUCAGUGUUUCAGCCUUUAGGUCGAGGAAAGAACCGAAGACAAAGCAUCUUCUAGAGGUCACAGGAGGGGGAGCGAAGACACACAGAAAAGUGGAGCUGCCUUUUGAGACCACAGCACAAAGGCCAACACAGCUCAGCACAUUCACAAGCAUGCUAACUUACAUGUACACACACUCAUGUGCAUUCACUCAUUUUCAUGGCAGCUGACCAUGAAGACACACAGGGUUUCUGGAAAUACACUUGUACUACUGCACUUGAAAUGACUGAGCUGAGAUACACUCGCCCUCCACACACCCACACACACACAUACAGUACAUGUUUGCACACAUUUGCACAAUCGGCGACAUGCUGCCAUUACUUAGUUGCACAUACCAGAGAUUUCUAAGUAUCCAGCUGACACACACAGGCAUUUCAACCUAAGAAAAACUGUCCCCCAAAUAAAGCUAGUCUGCUCUGUCAUAGUGUACACAUAGUAUACACAAGCUUGUAUAAUUGCCAUUCAGAGCACACCCAGGGCUCUGGCCAUCUAAGGUAGCUACCACACCAUGAACCAUCAUACAGUUGCAGGUGUACAGAAGUAAAGGGUUGUGGUGUGAAUGGAGGUUGGUUAAGUUUGAAGUAAAGUCCAAUGAGAUCAAUUUGUUUCCAAUUACGCUAAAUGUUUUUCUUACUAGGCUUAUCUCUACCCUAAGGUGUAGCUCAAAGAUACACUCACUGAUUUUGUUAUUGCACCCCCAAAUUGUAAAAUGUUUCUUCCCAGCUCAACAGUCACAUUACAGAAUAUGUGCUGCUUUCAGGGCUGUAGCUAGGAUUUAAGAAAUACCGUGGUCAUAAAUGCCAUCAUUCAGUCAACUGUGCAGUUGUGCUUUAUGUAAUUUGAUUUCCAAGAAUGAAAGUCUAAAUGCUCAUCUAUUACUUAUUAUGAUUUUGCCACACAUCUUAUAAAUGUUUUUCAAAUGCCCGAAGUCCCCCCAAGUUCCUAAACCUCCCAAUCCACAGAAAGAAAAUGGUAAUGAUGGCUAGGGCCUUCGAUGCUACUAGGCACUAAAUAACAAUCUCAGGGUGUGUAUCUUUAUAAAUAUUUAGAGCAUUUCCAUUAUUUAAGUCUUUGUUAGCUGUAGUGAGCUAACAUGCUAAUUAAACAGCAAAAUAUUAUCAUGAGGCUCAUGAGGUUCAACCUUAUUCUGCAUAAUAUAUGUAGCUGAUGGUUAGCUACCUGGAUAUGGCAGCUGGUUUAAGAAGCCGCUGUAAUUUAAACAGUAUCAGAUUUAUCUGUGAUCAAACGAGCCACCAAUAUGGCAGCUACGGGUGUGUUAAGUCACCUGACAGUCUUGAAGUUGUACAAGCAGUCUGGAUGUGGAAAUAGUAGCAACACACUGUUCAUUUACUGUACCUCUACUCACAUGAAACAAACAUUGAGCCUAUCAUAAAAUCUGACUCCAUCGUUCAUAUAAAAUUCAUGUCGACAGACUUGCUAUGCUACAGUGCCCCAGUGUUUCAACUCAGCGUGGGGUUUUGUUCCAUACGGUGUUAACAGCUGACUUUCACUCCAGUUUUUGAAGUUGCCUUAGUAAACUGUGCAUGAUAUUUUGGCUUGUGAAGAAUCUAUAUUUGAUCUUGUGUAGCCAAUGUGUUAGGAGGCAUUUGCUUUGUGUGUGUAAAUAACUCACUAUGGAGUAUAUGUAUUUCUUAGUCUCCUAUUUGCACAAACCAGAAGUGUCCUCUGAAGCCUGCUCCCUUCCCUUUGUGUCUUACCUUAUAUAGCUCCAAAAUAUGACCCUCAUAUCGAACCAAAACCCCUUAACCCUAGACCAGUAAACUGAGAAAGUAUGUCAUACAAGUAUUUUCUAGUAGCAAAUUACUUUCAGUAGGACUCACCACUACCCCUUAUGUUUGCACAGCUCUAUUGCACCUGUUAACAGGGAGCAGCUUUUGGCUAUAGUACCACAAUAGACAGUGUAUAAAAGUACUCCUGAGUAAAGGCAUAGAGUAGAGGCAUUCACAAGUUGAAAGUUGCUAAGAUCACAUGUGCAGUUCAAUCAGGUAAAGACUUAGCAGUCUACCUACAUCUAAAGGACGGGGGUCACUGCCUUGAGGACUAUUAUAUGCACAUAUGUGGACAGAUGGUUUGAAAGAGUAGUGAAGGAUGCCAUCUAUGUGGAGCAACCAUUGCUCAACAGAGGAGUCAAGAACACCAUGCAUGAGCCAUUUAUAAUGCCAUCCUGCAUUUUAAGACCCGUUCACACUUUUACUUGUGGCUCUAAGGGCUAAUUCAGACCAAAUGAGGCGCUGCAGCAAAAACUCCCAUUCAUUUGAGUGAGGGUAGUCGGUUUGGGCUGUGGUGGUGGGGGCUGCAGCGACCUGCACCAAAAAAGUUAAGACAUAAUCAACUUUGUAGAAACUCAACCUGACAUCACAAAGUGGUGGCCAGUCCGGCGAUCACUCGUGACUCUAAGGCGUGCCUUAGAGCAUGCCUCUUGCUCUGGAUGCAAACAAAUGUGAAAAUUCAUGAUGGCUGCACAUGGCUCUUUGCUGAUGACUGGCUCUUUGGUUUGUGGUACCCCCGACCCAAUCACUUAAAUUCCUGCCUUCUUCCAAAGCACACUGGUUAUCAACACACACGUGCUGUACAUUUGUGACAUACAGCUACUAUAAAAGUUUUAACUAAGAACUGCCAAAGUUCUGCUUCUGCUUUCUUUAUCUACCUUCCAGCCUACCAGCCUUCCUGUGUAAUGCUGUAAAGUUCGAGAACAACAGUAGUACAAAGUAUGUACACUGUAAUUGUUAUGGACAGUGUGCAUGAAACCACAGAUGAGAUCUCAUGCAUUUGGUAGGCAUGUUGCCAAAUGCGGCACAUGUGAACUUAACGGUUCUCAAUGUGUGAACGACCUUACAGAGGUUAAAUGCCUGGCGCUCUUCCUCAGUUGGAGGUGAAAUGUCUUGAAGAAAUCGCUGCAAGUCUAUAGCAACUGCCUUUGAUUUUAUACUUCUGGAUCAUCAGAUCCACAGAAUUGAGCAGACCAUCAAGUAAGAGCUAAUGAAUGACACCUUGAGACUGUUAAGGAAAUACAGAGGUAGAGUAACCAGUAACUAGAGAGUUGUUGGUUUGACAAGUGGCCGUAAGCCAAGCACUGAACCCCUAAAGCGCUCCAGUGCCAGACUGAUAUGAAGAGUUAUAUCUAUGUAGGUCAGAGGGGUUUAUGUUUCUGUAUGAGUAAAGAGACAGAUGCCAGUGACAGUUUGAUGGCCGCUGAAAGUGUUUCUACCUCUAAAAGUGAAUGAAGCUGAUGUAAGAAUUAUGUUGCGACCAUCCAACCCCCCUCUGUUCACCUGCCAGUGGGUGCAAGCAAAGGUGAAGGCAAUGAGGAGAGAAAUUCAGGGCAAACCUGCUGGGACUUCAGAGGGAUGUAUAGCUGUGGAUGUUACACUUCCAACCCCCAACCCCACCCCUUUUCUCCCCUCAGUGGCAGAAGUAUUACUGUGUGUUUAGUUGUGGUAAAUGAAGCUAUUUUAAAUACUGUAAUGAAAAGAAAUAAUAUAUAUGUAUUUUAACAGAUGUUUUCAUCUUUCUCAGUGAGUUUUAUGCCGUUAAAAAAAUAGAGCACUGUAUUUAAAAUAAAAUAAAGAAAAAAACCUGCAGAUGAUGUCUAAAUGUUUUAUAAAGGAUAAGUUUAGAUUUUGUAUAAGAUGUGAUAUUUUGUGUGAUUUGUCUACACUGUUAUAAAAUGAGAAAAUGAAUGUACUGUGACUGCCAACAGGCGUAAAAUUGAUUGAAUAAUUGAUUAAUUAAUGAAUAAAUAAACUAUGGAAAUUCUGGAA